GUGGUGGAAGAGGGGUACGUCGGCGAUACGCGUAGUCGCGCGCGCAGGAUAGCGCGAAGGCAUCGAGGGUGCGGUGGAGAGAGACACGAUGAAGGAUGGAGAGCGGUUGGGGAGGACGAGGGGAUGCAGGGUGGGGGAGAUAGAGGGGGCGUCUCCGUCGCGUCGACGACGAGCCGAAGAGGGUGGAGUGGGGUGGAGAGAAAGAGAGGUGCGGAGGUAGAAUUGUUGAAUGUUGCUUGUCUCUCUCUCUCUCUCUUUCUAUGAAUCUAUCUUUUUCUCUCUCUUUCUCUCUCUGUUCCUCCGUCCGUUCGACUUCGGUGGUCGGUCGAAAGAGGGCGCUCAAGAGGGCGGCGGGUGUUAUCCAAGCGGUAUGACGAUGACAACGAUGACAACGAGGACGAUAACAAUGACGAUGAUGACGAAGAUGACGAAAACGACGCAAUGACGACGACGACGAUGACGACGAGGAGGAGGCUACGACUACGACUACGACUACGACUACGACUACGACUACGACUACGACUACGACGACGACGACGACGACGCUGAAGCAGUGAAGGGUACCAAGAACGGAAGGCACGGCCGUGGCGCUAUGCGGGCGUAGGCGAGGUUCCGUGACGGCCGUUCGGUGGCGCAGCAGGAAUUCCCCAGCACGGGAGGCGCGUACCGGGUUGGUCGAUUAGGUGGUAUGUGUGUGGCUCUCUCCCUCUCUGUCCAUCGGUCGGUCCGGUCGUCGGACCGUCUUUCUCUGUCUCUCUCUCUAGCACGCUCUUUCUCCUCCCUGGUACUCCCUAUCGGUGGACGCGCGGGCGCGCGCUUGCGCCUGUGUGCGCGUCGUGCGCGUAUCUGCCCCGAGUCCGCGCCUCGACUUGCUGACAUGGCGUCCUAGCGCUGCACGGGCCAAGUCGCACGUCCUCGGUGGAGAGGCUCUCAACCCCGUCGUCGUCGUCGUCGUCGUCGUCGUCAUCGCUGCCGUCGUCGUCGAAUCGAGUGCAUCUCGAGGAUGCCAAGGUCGCGAGGGGAUACGGCAUGAUAUAUCCUGGCCGAUGAAGAAGAGAAUACGAAUACGAGUGAGAGAAAGAGCGAGUGGCUUCGUCGAGGAAGGCGAGAAGAAUCGACGACGAGGCGGCAGCAGCAGCAGCAGCAGUAGCAGCAGCAGCAGCAGCAGCAGCAGCAGCAGCAGCAGCAGCAGCAGCAGCAGCAGCGACACAAGCAACAAAAUCAACACCAGGUCUGAUGUUAGCGGAUAUUAACGGUAACCUGGCGGACCUGAGAAGCGAAGCGAUGGCGUCGCAGAGAUUUUGUCUGCGUUGGAACAACCAUCAGAGUAAUUUACUCUCCGUUUUUGAUCAAUUGCUUCAUGACGAAUCAUUCGUGGACGUUACACUGGCCGUCGAGGGUCAGCUGCUUAGGGCGCAUAAAAUGGUCUUAUCGGCGUGCAGUCCUUACUUUCAGGCCCUAUUCGUUGGUCAUCCCGACAAGCACCCGAUAGUCAUUCUCAAGGACGUUCCAUAUGUGGACAUGCGAAGUCUUCUAGACUUCAUGUAUCGUGGUGAAGUGAGCGUCGAUCAGGAUAGAUUAACCGCCUUUCUGAGGGUCGCUGAGUCUCUAAGGAUAAAGGGCCUGACCGAAGUGAACGAGGACAAGUGCGAUUUGCCCAGCAUCACGUCAUCACUUCUUGGCAAUCAAAACACAAUACCUCCUCCACCUCCGAACCUUCACCGAAUAAACCAAAUCGGACCUCAUCAUCAUGUAUCCCAAAAAAGGUUCCAUCAUAUGUCGAAUCAUCCGCUUCUUGGUUCAGCGUUAACAGCGCCAAAGAGGAAAAGGGGUAGGCCGAGGAAGUUGAGCGGCUCCUCGGACACACCAAUUGGCGAGGCUAGUACCGGGCAAGACCUACAAUCUUGCUCGAGUACCGACCUUGUGCAAGGUUCACCCGAGAUGAUGGAGAUGAAGAUGGGCAUCGAUUUCCAGAGUGAGACGACUGGCAAUAAUAGGAGUGGUUCUUCGACCGGUAGUAACAAUGUCAACAGCAACAACAUCGGUAAUUCGGCCUCGGCGUCGGCCAAUUUGGCUGCCAGUUCGUUGUCAUCUGCGAGAAAGGAUGAACCAACAGAAAAUGGUACAGAGACUCAUGAAUCGUUAACGCCUAGAGUUAAAAGAGAACCAGAACCAACGCCCAGUACUUCUGCGCAAGCCUCAGAAGAAACCUUCGCGCGGCCGCAUAGUAGACAAGGGAGCGAAAGUUUCAAACAAGACUCGGAGGAAACGUCGAGUGGCUGUGGUUCGCAAUCGCCGACGCAUAUACGCAUCAACUUUGAAAAGUGCUUUCGCAAGGAGUACAGCGCGUCGAGUCUACAGGGCAAAUCGGCUACGUCUGCGGCGGCGGCAGCGGCGGGGGAGGAUCCCCAACAUUCCGACUCGGAGUCGGAGCAGAAAAUGUCGAAAGACAAUCUGAGCAGUGCCAUAUUUAAUCUGGUCGCCGGCGAGUCGGAGAUCAGUCAGAGCGACUUCGAGGGUUCGUUUAAGGUCGAAAACGAGAGGACGGAGGGCUCGGUGCGAGACUUUUGCGUUAAAGAGGGCGACGUUUAUCGGUGCACCGUAUGUCAUCGUACCUACACACACAUCAGCAACUUUUGUCGGCACUACGUCACCUCGCACAAGCCUAACGUCAAGUACUAUCCAUGUCCGGUCUGCUUCAAGGAGUUCACAAGAAAGGACAACAUGGUCGCCCACGUUAAGAUCAUUCAUAGUCUUAAGCCGCAUAUGAAUGUCAGUAACAGUGGCAGUAGUAGCAUGGGUCAACAACGGUAGGCCGCUACCAAGAAUGGCCAUGAUUCGGAAAUCGUUCAUUGCGAUCAUCUGCUGUUGCCUCCUCUCUGCGAGCUGCCGCACCGUAAAGUAAUCGGCAUCAUCGAAUAUGCAAUAACAAGAGGAUAAGGAAUAAGAAAAUGAAGAUGAGAAUAACGGAGUCGCAGAGAGGAGGCAGAAUGCGAUCAUUAAAAUCGCUUCUGCUGACACGAGAAAUAAUCUUUAACGGAAAGAAGACCUAUGUUCUCGUGAGGUUAGAUCGAUCGAAAGAUUCUGGUAAUAGGGAUUCGGAAAAAGAGGAGUUAUGCUUAAUUGUUUCACGAGAGUGACGCAAGAGACGAGGAGAUGAAUAUUUAAAGAAUAAUUAUGGCUGCCUUGGACGAAAUUAUAUGGUUCGAAAGCAAAUCCUUUCUAGCAUGAUUUUAGUUGAGGUUUAUAGCUUUCUUCGGCUCAGAUUUAUCAUCGAGUCAAAGGUGUAACGAAGAGAACAGAUCGUAUAUAACGAGAUCGAAGGGCUCUACUUUCUUCGAUGAUGGUGGGAGAGAAGGAAGAGAAAUAUUGAGCACGCGUGGAACAUUUAAAGUUACAAAACGAACGAGCUUUACCGCAUACCUCCCUCAUAGGGAUUUAGCGGAUUAUACACAGAUGAUUAUAUGAAUUUAACAAAGAAAAAUUUAUUAUUAUAUUAAAAUAACAACCGUUCGACUGGUGGCGUCGCGUCGACGUAUAGUUACGCGUUGUUCUGCGACGGCCAGAGAAUGCGGUUAUAAAAUACGAACUGGGGAUUAGGGGGGUGGGGGGAAUAAGUGUUGUAAAAAAAUCCAAAAGAAACAAAAAAGAUGUGACAAGGAAGAAAAUACUAAUCACAGAAAGAGAGUAUAUUUACUAUUUGAGAGACUUAGUAUAAAAAUAAUAAUUACGCAAAAAGAAAAUCAAACGUGUUGUACGUGUAGUAGUUGAUACGUUUCUAAAAGAAUGAUAGCAUGCGCUUAAGACGAGGUUAUAUAUAAAACACGAUCGUUUUGGAUGCAUAAGUACGCGAUUAUAAGUAAAUAAGGGAACCACGUAGACUGAGUAAAUGCAAUAUUACGUACGACGACCGUUUACCGCCAUGUUGUUGAGCCGUUUCCAGACGAGCUUCUUCGAAAAGCUCGGUUUAUCGCGGUUUAUCGUUAGUAGCGCACGUAAUUCUUAUCGAUGAUAAAAUAUAGACAGGAAUAGAGAGGAACUGGGGCAGGAGGGUAAGGGAGUUAUGAAGUGAGCUAUAAACAUUGUUACGCGAUAAGACGUGUGACGUGUAUAUUAAGAGGGGGUGAGGUUUUUGGGAGGGGUGUUAAAAGGCAGAAGGAGAUGUCGAACGAAAAAUUUUUGGAGCGGGGCAUGCAAUUUUUUUGAAAGACUGUAGAGGGACGAUUUUAACGACACCAAAUACAAGAUAGUACUGACAUUGGAUAGACUGAAGGCACUUUAGUAGUAACUUAACGCCGUGCCAUGCUGUAUCGUACCCGAUCGAGCUAAGCACGUCGUCUGCACGUCGUCUGCACGUCGUCUGCACGUCGUCUGCACGUCGUCGAUGUCGUCGUCGUCGUCGUCGUCGUCGUCGUCGUCGUCGUCGUCGUCGUCGUCGUCGUCGUCGUCGUCGUCGCCGCCGUCGCCGUCGCCGUCGUCGUCGUCGUCGUCGUCGAUUGAUCUUUACGAACUCUGUGCGCGUCUCAGGGCAAGUUAUUAAGAUUUAAGUACAACCGCGCACGCGUGUGUAUGUGUGUGUGUGUGCGUGGCAUUCCUGUCCUCGUUGCGCUUAUAUCUUCUUAAAAUAGGGGUUGGUUGGGGGUGGGAAGGGAGCUUGGAAACAAAAAGAAAAGAUGUAGUAGAUGGAAUUGAAGAGAUAUCAAGAAAGGAAACAAAAUUUACUAGUCUUUCUAUAGAAGAUUUAAGAAAGAUCGCUUACAGAAAAUAAAAUAAAACAAUCGACGACUGUAUUUUCUAUAUAUAUUAUAUUAUCUCGAGUAAUUGUCGAUAUCACGUUUUAAAAAUAUCAAGUCGUGUUUCCAGAAGGAGCGAACCUUCGGUAUCGGGAACUGACUUUCGUCUUUGAUUCAUUCAAGAUAGUAUCAAUAGAAGAAAAAAGGGGGAAAGAUAAGAAGAGUAGGAAAUUAAUCCUGAAGAUCGCUCGGAGUCGUUCGACGUAGUAUAAAAAAAGAAAAAGAAAAAGAAAAAAAAAUAAGAAAAGAAAAAUUGAGAAAGAAUUUGAGACACUUUUCCCAAAAGUAACAUAUUUUAUCUCUGAAAAAUUCUUGACGCUUGGAGUUGGAAAAGGAUUCGAGGAUGAGAGAUAAAAGAUACGUACGCAACUGCGAGAGCUUUGAAAACAAAAAGAAGAGAAAAAACAAAAGAAAGAAAAACAGUUUCGAAUAUUCGGCCGAAAGGGUUACGACUAUGGCAAUGGUGUGUAGGCUUAGUCACGAGAAAAAAGCACUAAAAUAUACAAUCAUAGUUGUAAUGAAAUAAUAUUUUGCACGUUACACUUCGUCGGGGCUCCCUCCAACCAAUAUCUGUGUUCGCGGGUGGUAGGUUUCGCAAACGGGAAUCUGCCUUGCACGUGGACGACGACAAAGACGACGACGAUGACGACGAGGACGUCGACGAUGACAACGACGACGAUGAAUCGUUUGUUGUUGUGCGAGAGAGGGGACCGAAACGACGAUUUGUAUACAAAUUUUUCUCUUUCUUUUAUUUUUUUUAUUUUUAUUUUUUUUCACUAGUUGGACAUAGACGUUAGACACGAUUAGAGGCUAUAUGAUAGUAUAAUUACAAUAUUACAGCUAUUAAUUAAUUAUUACGAUAACCGAAAUCUUCUCCGUUGUUACUUUAUAUAUAUAUAUAUAUAUAUGUAUAUAUAUAUAUAUACACUUUAUAUAAUAUAUAUAUAUAUGUAUGUAUUAAAAUAAAAGAAAAACAGAUAAAAACAAAAUUAAAACACUCGCAUGAAAAGAGUGUGUAGCGGUGGUAAUAGAAUGACGACGGGAUUAGAUAGUUGUACUUGAAAAGUUCUAUGCUGUCGCCCACGAUUGCGACCAGUGUUACUGUUCGUGUUCGUUCGUUAUAUUCGAGAGAUAUCAAGCGUUUAGAAAGAUUAGAACAGGGAAAAAAUGGAAGAAAGGAAGGGAAUGAUAAAGAGAAUUAGAAAUCUGGAUGGGAGAGAUAUAAGAGUAAUAUAAGAGAAUAUGCGUUUUUAUAUAUAUACAUAUAUAUAUAUGUAUAUACAUAUAUAUGUAUGUAUUAUAUAUACAUAUAUAUACAAACAUAUAUGUAUGUAUUAUAUAUAUACAUAUAUAUAUAUAUAUAAUAUAUAUGUAUGUAUAUGUAUAUAUUAUUAGAAAUAUUAGAAGAUAUCGUCGCCAGAAAAGUAUAAUCGGGAAAACGAAUUAGAUUUUGAUGUUAUGCUUUCGAUAGGAGGCAAAUGAAGAAAAAAAAAUAGAAAACAAAAACGAGUAAUGUAUAGGAAGCUAGAAAAUGGGAAUAUCGGGCUGAAACGUGUCGUUGCAUGUGCACGUGUGCUUUCCAUAUUCCAUAUCUCUCGGGCUCGAUUUUGUAUCACGAGAAUAUAUUUGAAACUUUCAUGGACCAAAGAAUAACAGCUAUCACCGUCGAUGGUGUGUGUGUUUAUAGAUUGAUGGAUUUUUAAAGGUAAAGCUUGAGAUCGUUUUCGUUCUUUGAUAUAUAGAACUACUUCGUCGCCUGAAAUUGAAAUAUUUCGUCUUGGAAACACGAUUAAAGUCAAACUUAAGCAAAAAAGAGAAAAAAGAAUCGCUUUAUGUGUUCGGGAGAUGGGUCGAAGGUAACCCGUCCAAAGUGAUCGUUGUUUAUGGUGGUUAGCGAAUGGGAGGGAUAUGGGGAUCUAAAAGAAAAGAUGAAAAAGAUAUAAAUUGAUAUUUGUUCACACACACACACACACAAGCAAACAAAUAAACAUAGACACACAUACACACACACACACACACACACACGAAACACAAAAAGUGCAAAGAGGCAGCGGCUAGACAGCUUAUAUCGAUUAAUAAAGUAAAACAAAGAAAAAGAAAUAACAAAAAAAGAAAAGAGAGAUAGUGGAGGAGAUAAGAAAGAAAACAAAAUAAUAAGUAAAGUUAUACACUCACAUUUGAUAAUCACUGAGAGGCUAAGACUAACUCAAUUUUAGAUGGCAGAAAGAUAAACGAUGUUACGUAGGAGGACUCUACGAGAGGGCAAAGAAAGCACGAUGUUAAUGAGGAGAUAUCGUGCGUUAGAUUAUAUAUAUAUAUACGAUAAAUAAAUAAAUAAAUAAAUAAAUAAAUAAAUAGCAGGGUAUAGAGAUGCUCCUGGAUCGCCUGCAAAUCUAUAUACGUCUCUAAUAAAUAAAUAUCUGCGAACCGGUUGAUCAGGUGAUUCUUUUAGUUUGUAUCGUUAUAUUAGUCGGCUUGACGUGUUAAACGUAUGUAAGAAAAAAAGAAAAAUGGACAAAAGUAAAAUAAAUCGAGUGACUAAGCUCGCUCGAUGAUCGUUGGUCGGAUUUGUAGGCCUUUCAUAGAGUUACCGUUGGGGAGAUGUACGAUUUUUAUUAGUUCAUAUAUAUGUAUGUAUAUAUGUAUGUAUGUAUGUAUGUAUGAUGUAUGUAUGUAUGGAUAUAUGGAUGUAUGGAUGUAUGGAUAUAUGGAUGUAUGGAUGUAUGGAUGCAUGCAUACAUGUAUAUGUAUAUGUAUAUGUAUAUAUAAAAAUCCGAAGCUACUAUGACCACGAUCAAUAAUUUUGGCGUAAGAGAAAAUCGCGAGAGAAACUCGUUAAAAAGAAAAAUUCAUUUCCUUGACUUUUAUCUCGACAUAUCGCCAAGUUUUAUACAAAUCGGCUGAAUUUAUUUAUUUGUAGUUGUUUUAUUUUUUUUUUUUUAUUUAUUUAUUUCAAUUUUUAUUUUUCUUUUUUUUUCUUUUUCUCUUUUCCCUCUUACAACGAUACGUGAAUUAACUGUACAGCGUAUUUAUUUCUACGAAAGAGUCUUUUGUUUUUUUACAAGUAGCACAAUCUCCGAAUGUAUAUUCCAAAUUCCUUAGUGGCAUUUCAAGGCUCGUGACCAAAGAGUUAAGAAUCGAUGUCUGUACAAAAAAAGAAUGUGUUCAAAAGAAAAAAAAAAAAAAAAAGAAAUAAGCGAGAAGAACGUAGUAACUGAUAUCGAAAACGUGUUCUUAAAAUUUAAUCUUACGCCGACGUUCGUGUUUCGUGCGUACACGCGUUGCCUUCGACGUUGUUAUACUUUAGAAUUAAGAUUGUUGAAAAUUAAUAAUAAAUCGCAUUAUAUCGACGGAAGAGAAUGUUCGCACCGAGUGGCAGAGAAUCGAUAAAGAUUCUUUUAUCGUUUAACGAGAGGUAAAACAUUUUCUCUCGCGGUACAAAAUUCAAAGUUCAAAUCGUCCGAAAUCUUUGUAACGAAGAAAAAACGACGUGUCGUCUUAAGGCGUUUUGGAUGCAGAAGAGAGAAUGUUGCUUGUAUCUUUCGUUAAGAAAAAAGGGGGAAAAGGGAAACAAAAAAUAGGAAAAAUCAAUACGUAGAAUAUCGAUAUCACAUGUUGAAAGUGUUUAUAUAUGACGUGACUCGUUGAUAUUGUAACACAAUGCAGCUAUUUCAACGAGUUUUAUUGAUUUUAAUUGAAGAAAAAGUAAUAUAAAAAGUGAGCUUUCGAAACGCGUAAUGAUUUUGUUUUUUUUUUCUUUUGUUUUUUUGUUUAAAACUAUUCUCUUACGUCAAUCGUGGUCGGUAUCGCAGUCGUCUCGUUGAAGAAUUUCAUGUUAUGAACAUAUUUUAAUUAAUUUAUGCAUUGUGGGUGGGGUGGGUUUAAAUGAAAAUGCAUUAAGGCGAGAAAGAAAGGGGAAAAAAGGAAAAAAAAAAGAAAAAAAUUAUUAAAUAGAGCAUAUUAUAUUUAUACCCGUGUUUCUUGCAAGGGUGUGUCGUGCCAAUGUGUUUAUUGUACUUUCUUUUUCUUCUUUUUCUCUUUCCUUUUUCUUCAUUUGCCCUUCGUAAAAGGGAAUGUUAGUCAAAUAAACUUUUACCAUUAAGUUCUCGCGCGUCAUUGGCACUGGCGACUAUUGCAAAGAAGCACCUUGAAAGAGAACGGAAGAAGUAAAUGAUGAGGCUUAAAAAGCAGACUGUACUAUCGGAUAGAUUUUAACACAUUUACACAUAACGGACACAUACACUACGUACAAGAAUAUUCACAGAUUCGCACUUAUCACAUACACACACACACACACACACACACUGUUUCUUCAUUUUUCACCACUCUUUGUCUUAUGUCGCAUCGUCCCUUUUACCCUUUGUCCUUACGUACCUUUGUCUACCUACAUCAUCUGCCUCCCGUCUAGCCGUUUCACUGUGUAGGUGCGUGUGGGUGUAAUUACACACAAAUACACACAAACACAUUAUAUUAUUGCAGUUAUCAUCACCAUCAUCGACGUCGUCAUCAUCAUUAUCGCCAUCAAUUAUUAUUAUUAUUAUUAUUAUUAUUAUUAUUAUUAUUAUUAUUAUUAUUAUUAUUAUUAUUAUUAUUAUUAUUAUUAUUAUAUUAAUUAUUAUUAUAUUACAAAUUAUAUUAUAUAUAUUAUUAUAUUAUAUUAUAUAUAUAUAAACAAAGGUUAUAUAUCGAAUAUAUUUUAGCGCUAGUUGGUAAAACCUAUUAACGUCGUUGCAGUUUUGAAGGAAUGCGUCAGAAAAUGAGAGUUAAAAAAAAGACGAGAAAGAAAGAAACGAAAGCGGUUGACUUUUAAUUUUAUAUGUAUAUACGUUGAAUUAACGUACUUCAGUGGGAUCCAGUAAAUAAUGUAUAGCGGAGUAAUCCCCCGUUUGGUGCCUUUUUAAGCGACAUAAAUAAUGACGAUGAAAGAAAGAAAGAAAGCGAUGCGAAGAUGAAAAUAAUAAUAAUUUAAUAAAAAGGGAAAAAGGAAAGAAAGAAGAGAGAAUAAAUUGUUAUUAUAAACAAAAAUCGGCGAUCGCGGGCGCGCGUUAAGCACAUACAAACAUACAUAGAUACAUACAUAAAUACAUCUAUACAUACAUAAUAUUCAUACAUACGUACGUACGUACGUGCGUACAUAUAUACCUGCAUGCGCAUAUCCCUCUAUUUCGAAAAAACGCGCUGACGGCGAUCGCAUUCUAGUGCCAAAUAAGAGUUAUAAGAUCUUAUUAAGACGCGUAAUAAUAAUAAUUAUAAAAAGAAUGAAAAGAAAAAGUGCGUAAGGAAAAUAAAAAAAUGAAGAUAAAUAAAUAAUAAAUAAAUAAAUAAUUAAUUAAUUAAAUAAAUAAAUAAAAGAGCAGAGAUGAAAACGAUGAAAUUUUAUAGGGAACUUUUUAGAGAAGACGAGUCUUUUCUGACGCUGGGUAGAAUUAGUAUAUUUUAUAUGCACUGAUUGUUUGAUUAUGACUAUCAAUAAUAAAAGGAACGGUGUUCAAUAGAUUGUAAUUUAAGAAUUUUUAAGUCUCGCUGUGUACCGAUGCCGUUGAGAGGCUUGAUGCUUGGCGUGCGGCAUUCUCUUUUAAUUUGGCGUUUCUCUAUCAGCUAAUUUCGACAAACAAUUAAAAAAAAAAACAAAGGAAUACAAGAAAAUUUCUUUUCUUUUCUUUUUUUUCUAUUCUUUUUUCUUUUUGUUAAACGUACGCCUCGCAUCCGUGCCCCUAUCUUUCUCUCUCUCUCUCUCUUUCUCUCUCUCUCCCUCCCACCCUCUCCAUUUCUCUAUCUGUUUGUCUGUCUGUCUCUGCCUGUCUGUCUGUCUCUCUCUCUCUCUCUUUCUCUCUCUCUAUCUAUCUAUCUAUCUAUCUAUCUAUCUAUCUAUCUAAAUAUCUACCUACAUACACAACACACGCCAUACGUUCCACGCGCCAAUUUUGAAUGACCCGCCAUUCUGUAACGAAUGAUUAAGCGACGAUUCGAAAAAAAAUAAGUGAAAGAAAAACACAUAUUGAGAACGUGUGCAUCUCGAAAAGCCACUUUGUUGUUAUUUUUAUGUUAUUAUUAUUAUUAUAUUAUAUAUUAUAUUACAUAAUUAUCGUCGUCGUCAUUACGAUUAUUAUUAUUAUUAUUAUUAUUAUUAUUAUUAUUAUUAUUAUUAUUAUUAUUAUUAUUAUUAUUAUUAUUAUUAUUAUUGUUAUCGUUGCUACAGUUAAUGUAGAAACGAGUCGACUCAACAAAUUCGUUACAGAUGAUAAGAGAAAUUAAACGGAAAAAAAAGAGUGAGAGACAUGUCGUCGCGACCUUUUCGUAACGACCAAUAGUUGAUCGCAUUUUGCGAUAAAAUUUGUAUUGCUUAUGCUCUUACGUUUGCGAUUCGAGAAAGAAUUCUUUUUAUUUGUUUUUUUCGUGAUUUCGCGCUCUCUUUCUUUGUUACUAUUCUUUUUUUAUAUAUGUUAAAUUUCAAAAUUAAGUGCAUUCAGUCAGAACUUCAGACACGAAAGAGGUGAAAAGAAUAAGAACUUGAUCGUCGAAUUAGCGUGUUACUACAUGACUUGAGGAGAAAUAUAUGUACAUAUAUAUAUUAUCUCGGAUUACUAUUGUAAAGAGUGAUACGCAAAGAAAAAGAUGGAGAUCUUCUGAGAGUAAUCGCAUUGAAACAAGAGAUAAAGGUAAUUACCCUAAUCACACACAUGCACAGAAUAAAGUAGUAUCGUGUGUAUGCAAUUAGAAUACGCAUUGUAUAUUUGUUGUUAUUGAUUUUUUCUCAUAUUGUAUUUUUCAUUUCUUUCUUCUCUACGUUCAUUUUGUUUUUUAUCUCUUUCGUAGCCUUUUCGUUGUUUCACAUUGAACAAAAGUCGCACGAGUGUCGAACGAAAAGAAAAACAUUCGAGUUUCUAAUCCAAUCAUAUCGAAUCUAUAAUCUUUGUUCAUCAUAAAAAAAAUAAAAGAGUAAAUUUCUGUUUUCAUAAAGAAGGAUUCACCGAAAAAGAAAAGAAAAGGAAUGUAAAGAAAAUUAAAAAAAAAAAAAACAAAUGAUCAUAUAUAAACAAGAUAUUAUGAGUGCCAUAUAUAAUAAUACAUUAAAUUUCAAGUUAGAACGAAAUUAGAUGAAUUUUUGAAAGAGAAAGAGACACGAACGCGAAAGUUCCACAUGCGUUUGGCCACAUAAAACUAUUUCUUUCUUUUCCGUUCGUCACAUCGCAAACAUUUAUUUAUCAUUAUUAUAUUAUAUAUUGUACCUUCGUAUUUUCUCGUGUGUGUGUGAGUGCGAAUACGAGUACGCGCGCGUGCGUGAGUGUAUGUAUGUAUGUAUGUAUGUAUGUAUGUAUGUAUGUAUGUAUGUAUGUAUGAUGUACACAUAUAUAUGUAAACACACAACACAAGCCACCUCGUAUUGCGAGAAAGAAUCCAGCACGUACAAUCACGAGACCUUAGCCAAAAAUUAUUUUUAUUUAGUUGCUGGAACCGCAAAGUGAAAUCAUCGGUGACGUUCCGCGUUUGAAUAUAUAUAUAUAUAUAUAUAUAUAUAUAUAUAUAUAUAUAAAUGUAAUAUAAAUAAGAGAGUGUAAUAAGCAAUAAUAUACGUCGAACGUCGCCGUUUGAUACCUUUUUACCUUCUCCCUACAAACACAAACAUAUAAAAUGCAAAUGGCAUUUUUAUUUUAAGAUUUCCCUUUAUUGCGAUCACUGUCUCGUCGAGGAAGUAUUGAAAAAAAAGAAAAAAAAAUUAACAUUUUACAUCACAUCUUUUUUCAAAGUUCAAAAAAACUCCACGACGAGACUCUCAAGAUAGAAAUCGAACGAUCGCUAUUUUUUACGGAUCAUCAUUUUGCAUGUGUUGCGUAACACUUAUAUUUGUUGAACUUAUUAUUUUAUAUAUAUUAAUUAUUCACAUGAUCAUCGGGGUCGAGAGCGAUAAUAUUUUAUAUUUACGUUGACGAUUUGUAUGUAUAUAUUAUAGUUAUAUGACGAUGUUAAUUGUACACAGCCAUAUCACUCAACGACUCGUGUCGAUUUUUUUCUUUUUCUUUUUAUUUGCAUUUAACCUUGAUUCGAUAAGAUCGUAAACUGCUCUUUUAAAAAAAUAUUUGUUUUUAUCCUUAUACUAGCGACACGAGGACAAUGAUCGAGACCAGAAACUUUGUUCACGUGUAUGUGCAAUGCCUUUAAAAAAUGUUUAUCGAAAAGAUUUUAUGAAUAUAUAUAAAUAUAAAUAUAAAUAUAAAUAUAAAUAUAAAUAUAAAUAUGUAUGUAUGUAACGUAGUCUUAUGAACUGUAAAUAUCAGUUUCAUGUUUCGAUCGAACGUCUCUUUUAAACGUUGAUUUUUCUCUUUUCUUUUUUUUUAUUAUUUUUUUUGCGACGAAGGAAAAUUUGAGGUAUAUCCAAAGUAUAUUAUAUAUAUAUAUUUGUAUGUAUAUUCAAUGUUACACGGAGAAAGCAUGUGCGAGCUCUUCUCAUUGUAGCAUGGCAAGUCUUUUAGCAGCUAUAAUUAUUAUUGUUUUUUUAAGUUUAUCUCUCACGGGGUUGGACCUCGACGUAUCCCCCACCUCCUCAACCCCUGAUGUAUGCUAUAUCUCUGUUUUUAUAGAUAGACCUACCGUACUAUGAUUUUUAUUAUCGAAGUAGACAUUUUAAUGAUAUGGCCUAAUAAUGAGACGCAUAGAGUACGUGCACAUGUUAUAACACGUAAAACACAGAUACAUACAAAACACACAACUUAUUAAAAAAUAGUAUGAUUUUACUUUGUUUUGUUCAUCAGCAA